UCCACGUAGGGAGCGUGUUGCGUCACUUGGCUGUUCACUCUUUCCCCGCCCACUCAAGCCAUACGACGUCAGACGCACGCUGUUACGCAGAUGGUUGUGGGGGAUAGGAAGCAGCUGCCAGCAAGACUUUGAGGCUAAAGAAGUAAAUGGUAGGUCACAGAAGCACAUAGGCAGCGGGAUUUAUUAGCCGCUUGACCCCGAGCUCUGCGGACUGUACUAAGCUGGCAGAAAGAAAAGACCUGUACACUGGGGUGAAGUAGUUUGCAGAAAGUAUGGCUUCUGUGGUAGAUUUGAAGUCAAAGGAGGAAAAAGAUGCAGAGUUGGACCGAAGGAUUGAAGCUUUACGUAAAAAGAAUGAGGCUCUAGUCAAGAGGCACCAGCUGAUAGAGGAAGAUCGCAGGAGAGCUGAACAAGAGGGGAUAGCAGUCACAACACCUAGGAAAGGGAAACAUCCAGAGGCAGAGCUGGACAAAAGCAGUAAAGAAAAAGAAAAUUUCUCUAUUACUGUAGAUAUCUCUGCUGGGGAAAAGCGUGUUAUUAAUAAUGAAAAACCUGCCAAAACUUCUCCGCCCUCUUCAAAUAAGGAUAACACUUCAAGAAGUCCGACUCGGCAAAAUAGUGGUAGGACAAGUCGGUCCUCUGGUGGACAGGUGCCACAUACAGAACAUUUAGCUGAGCCAUUUUUGAACGAUGGCGAUGCUUUACACUCUGCAAAAGGAAGAAGAAUUUCUGGAGCAGAUGGUCCAAGGAGAAACCAACGCUUAUUUGGAGAUAUUUCAUCUCCAAGAGGAGGUUUAUCACAUGGUGAGAGGAGUGGGAGAGGAUCUGGAAGAAUUGGUGGAACCCCAGGGAGAGGUGGAAGUCCUAGAGAAAGUGUUGACCAGUCUUUACCAUCAGAUAGGAAAUCACAGGAGUGGCAGGAGAAACGAAGACAAAAUAUAGAAAAGAUGAAUGAGGAAAUGGAGCAAAUUGCAGAAUAUGAACGGAGCCAACGGGAUGGCAUGCGAGACAAAAAUCCUAUCCGCAACUUUCUGGAUGAUCCCAGGCGCAGAGGGCCAUUUGCAGAGGGAGAUCGCAAGGAGGGUAGUCGCAGGCACAAUCGGAAUUGGGGUGGACCUGAUUUUGAUAGAGUAAAAACUGGUAUGGACAAGGAGAAGGAAAGCCAUGGAAGAAGACCUGCAAUGAAGAACCAGAUGGAUAUGACUAUGUCAAUGACUGGUAGGGAAAGAUCAGAGUACAUGCGCUGGAAGAAGGAGCGGGAACAGAUAGACGAGGAGAGAUUGGCUCGUCAUCGCAAACCCACCGGGCAGUGGAGACGGGAGUGGGACGCAGAAAAAACAGAUUCUAUGUUUAAGGAUGGUUCCUCUCCACAUGUGGAAGAUGAACUGGUCAGCAGGAGAGAAAAGGAAAAAAGAGGUGCUCCAAAGCCUCCAACCAUGGGUGAAUUCUUCCCUGGGAACGUUAUGGAAUCCAGACGAAAGAGAGAUCAGCAACGAGACCGGGGACGAAACAAACCUUACAACAUGCAUGACAGCCGCUGGGAGGAGCCAGAAGAUGAUAAUGAAAAGGAGGUAAUCGAGGAAGCAGAGAAAGAGACCUGUGUGGAGAAAGCAGAGAAUGUAAAUGUUGAGCUUAAGAAACAACCGGAAACAAAAGUCUCAGAGGACAUAGAAGUAGAAGAUGCUGAUGAUGAAGGAUGGGAAGAUGUUGAUGUUGAUGAAGAGGAGGACCCAGACUGUUCAGAUGCCUCAUUAAUUGAGAAAGGCCUACGAGAUGAAGAGUCCCCAAGAGCCCCUUUGGAAUUUGCUGCUAAAGAGCAGAGACCACCUUAUCAAAAUGAAACUCCUAAGCUGAACUUGACUCCGCCAACUCAAAAUCAAGAUAAAUCUGCAGAAGUGCAACCCACGAGCCCAUUUCUACCUGAAACAAACAGAAUAACAUCUGACUGGGGGGAAGAGAUGGAGAUGGUGUCCCCAUUUGUAAGCAGCAGUGAAGACAGCCCUCCCAGACUGGCUACCUCCAAGGAUGUCAUCACAGACAGAGGCUCUCGAGACCACAUGACGCAUACAGAUCUUGGGCCAGAAUCUGGAGUUCUUCCGAAAACAGCUGAAGGACUAACCGAAAUUGUGCCAGAGGAUGUGGAAUGUACUUCAUCUGGAUCCCACCAAGCCAACACAGAUCAGGAUAAUGGGGAAAAGCUGGCCCUUGAGAAUGAUAUGCACAGUGUUGCAACAAAGAAUGUCUCAGCUCCUCCUCCUGUGGAAGAUGGGGAAAAAUCAUUUGCUGAUGAUCUUGGGCCAGAAUCUGGAGUUCUUCCGAAAACAGCUGAAGGACUAACCCAAAUUGUGCCAGAGGAUGUGGAAUGUACUUCACCUGGAUCCCACCAAGCCAACACAGAUCAGGAUAAUGGGGAACAGCCGGCCCUUGAGAAUGAUAUGCACAGUGUUGCAACACAGAAUGUCUCAGCUCCUCCUCCUGUGGAAGAUGGGGAAAAAUCAUUUGCUGAUGGUGGAGGAGUAGACGUGUCAUCAGACACAGUCACAGACAUGCCCAGGCCUUCUCCUAAGGAACGAAACCAAGCUGUCGAGGAAAUCAAACCAGAGAUGGAGCAGGACAUUGCAGCUCCAGCUUUACCAACAUAAUCAUCAUGUGUUCUACAAGUUAACCUGCACAUCAUUGAAUUCAACUCAAGUUUUCUUGUUCCCAGUCAACACUGGAAUUGCAGUGACUAUCCAGCUAAUGCACUUGGCUUUCUGCUUUGCAUCACUUCCUGACGUCGGCUCUAUUACUUGUAUUGCACUUAAAUACAGUGGAGCUUAGUAUCAUUAUAGAUGUUGAAAUAGAGGAGGAGGUAUGCAGGAAUAACCCAAAACAAAGCGAUCUCCUCAAGUGUUUAUU